GUGCGGCCCGAAAAAAUAGCUCCGGCGGUCAGAGGCGGAGCCGGGGCACGUCUCUCAACGCGCUCCGGCUCGAUUGGUAGGCCUCCCGCGGCGGGGUGCCUGUCGCGCUUCUGGGGCCCGCGGCGGCUGAGCCGGGUGGGGCCGGGCGCAGUGCUGGUGGGAGACCGCGAGUGAGGACGGCAACUCAAAAUUUUUAAAUUGCCAGUCUCUGCUUCUUUUGAUUCUGCAAAAGAAACUAUAUCUCCAACAGUUUCUGAAGCCCAGGAGUCCAGUAAAUCAUCAAACAGACUCAUGAAUGAAAAACAGCGGGAGGAAGCAGAAUGGGAAAGCAUAAAUGUGCAGUUGAUGACGCAUGGCCUAAGACCUUUGUCUCUAGUCAAAAGACCAGAUCUUAAUGAUCUCAUCAUUUUUGACAAACAGUCAUCACAGAGAAUGAGACAAAAUUUGAAAACAUUGAUGGAAGGAACAGCACGUCAACAGAACAUGAUCCAGGAGCUCAUAGAAACUAAUCAGCAGCUUAAAAAUGAAGUUCAGCUACAACAAAGCCAAGCAGCAAAUCAGGAACAACGAGCUAAUGACUUGGAACAAAUUAUGGAGAGUGUGAAAUCCAAAAUUGGUGAAUUGGAAGAUGAAUCCCUAAAUAGGGUUUGCCAACAACUGAAUAAAAUAAAAGAUCUUCACAAAGAACAUAAAGCUUUACAGGCAAAAUGUCAGCAUUAUAAGAAAAAAGGAAUGGAACAAGAAGAGACUAUUGCUUCUUUGCAAAAGGAUAUCUAUAGAUUAACAAAGGAGGAGGAAGAACGCAUUGUCACUCAAAACAGAGUGUUUGCUUAUCUCUGCAAAAGAGUUCCUCAUACCAUCUCAGAUAAACAGUUGCUUUGCCUAAUUGAUUACUAUGAAUCUAAAAUUAGAAGAUUUCAUAAACGAAGGCAAUGUAGAGAAGAUGAAAGUCAGGCAGAAGAAGACGACUACAGGAGUUUGGAUAUGUCACCAAAUUAUAAAAGCCUGCUAAUGUCAUUACAGAAUCAACUCAAGGAAUCAAAAUCCAAGAUUGAUGCACUUUUAAGUGAAAAACUGAAUCUUCAAAAAGAUUUGGAAGCCAGGCCCACACAGCAUGAAUUAAGACUUUAUAAACAACAAGUGAAGAAACUGGAGAUUGCCCUUAAGAAAAGCACCAAAUUACAAGAUCUUCUGAGUCCAAAACAGGCUGAGGAUACAGAGAAAAAAGAUGAGCCCAGCAAAGAUAAUCAGCGGCAGGCCCUUACUGACCAGAGAUACUUUCAGGUACUGAGUAGCAUUAAUUCAGUUAUUCACAAUCCAAGAGUUCCAGUAAUAAUUUAUAAACAGAGCAAAGGAAGCGUUCAACAUUUUAAAAAAGAUCUUGUUCAAGAUUGUGGAUUUGAGCAUCUUGUUCCUAUAAUAGAAAUGUGGGCAGAUCAACUGACUUCCCUAAAGGAUUUAUAUAAGUCCUUGAAAAUACUAUCUGCAGAACUGGUGCCUUGGCAUAAUUUAAGGAAACAGGAUGAAAAUGAAGGUAUCAAAGUUGAGGAUCUGUUAUUUACAGUAGACACCAUAUUAGAAGAAGUUGAAAAUAAGGAAAAGGAUGGCAAUAUGCCAAACUUUCGAACUCUGCAGGCUAUUGUUUCUCAUUUCCAAAAAUUAUUUGAUGUGCCUUCUUUAAAUGGAGUGUAUCCCCGAAUGAAUGAAGUUUACACUAGGCUUGGAGAAGUAAACAAUGCUGUGAGAAACCUCCAAGAACUUUUAGGAUUAGAUAGAUCAUCCUCAUUGUGUGUGCUGGUGAGCACAGUUGGGAAAUUGUGUAGGCUGAUUAAUGAGGAUAUGAAUGCACAGGUUAUGCAGGUAUUGGGACCUGAAGACCUCCAAAGCAUUAUCAAGAAAUUGGAAGAACAUGAAGAAUUUUUCCCAGCAUUUCAGGCAUUCACUAGUGAUCUACUUGAAAUCUUAGAGAUUGAUGACUUGGAUGCCAUUGUACCUGCAGUAAAGAAAUUAAAAAUACUAUCAUACUGAUAGCAAAUCAAAUCAUUUUACUGUGUAAAUUGCAUUCUUAACAUUCUAAGAAUUUCAUAGGAUUGAUCUUAAUUUGAGACAAGGGUUAUAAAUGUAUUUAUACAGGAUUCAGCCCCUUCUUAGUAUUGGGUUCUUCUCCAUGCAUAAAAUUUUUAUAAGGUUCUUAUAUAGAAGAGUUGCAAGUUAAAGUGGAAAGUUAACUUUAGAUCCUUUCAUCAUUUCUUAAGCAAUUUUCUUGAGUGCUUAAAGUUUUAAGGUUGUUUUAAAGUAUAGUGUGUGAGUGAAAGAGAAACUCAAGGAUAAAUAUGCAAGUAAUAGAAAGGCUGUGUUUAAUUUCCGUGUUGAGUGACCUCUGGUUUUGGGAGCAAGGAAUACCAAUGGCUUUCUUACGUCCAGCCUUAGCAGGAAGCUGUUGCUUUCCUGGCAAGGCAGUGGCACAUGCUGUUACAGUAUCCCUCAUGGCACUUGCCCCUUCAAAGCAGGAAGAAACAAAAAAUGUUUUAUCAUUGUGUUAGGGUAGGAAAUGAAUUAUGAGGUGAAAGAGAUGAGUACAUAGAAGUCUCUCAUUAAAAGUGUCUUUUUUUUCUUUUGAAAUCUUGAUGUAAUGUACUUUUAUAAGGCAUGAGCUCGUAAAUAAAAUUUUUGUAAAGAAUUUCCAAA